AUAUUACGCGCACCCCGUCAGCACCACCAUUCCACCAAGAUCAAGCGACCAAGACUUGGGAGCUCUGCAAGUCCACGCCCAUCCUUCCUCCCCGGCGCUCGAUCGCGGCGAAUCCCGCAGAUCGAGAUCUGUCAGGAGACCGGGGUCGGGGACGCGGCAAGAUGGACAUCGUGGUGGGCGCGCUGUCGGACAUGGUGGACGCGCUGCCGGAGAAGCUCGGCGAGCUGCUGGAGCAGGAGUGCGCGCUGCUCGCCGGCGUCCGCGGCGACGUAGGCUUCCUCCAGAGCGAGCUUAAAUCUAUGCGCGCCGCCAUCCACCACUGCGAAUCCCUGGACCACCCCGACACCCAGACCAGCGCCUGGGUCGGCCGCGUCCGCGAGCUCGCCUACGACAUAGAGGACUGGGUGGACCUCUUCGCCAUCCGCGUCGACGACAGCGGCACCCAAUCCUCUUCCGGGUUUCGUGCCUGGAUUCGCCGCGGUUGGGACAAGGUCACGAAACUCCCCGAUCGCCAUGUCAUCGCCAACGAGCUCCAAGAACUCAAGAAACGCGUUGUUGAGCUGAGCGAGCAGCGGAACCGCUACAGCUGCGCGCUGCCCUUCCCCGCCGAGGCACGGCCCACCGACCCCAGGCUAACCGCGCUCUUCGUCGACCCAGGCAGCCUCGUCGGCCUCGACGGGCCGGUGGAGGAGGUGUCCAAGCUUGUCAUGGACGACGGUGGGAGGACUGAGCUCAAGAUCGUCUCCAUUGUCGGGAUGGCCGGCGCCGGGAAGACGACGCUUGCCAAUGCGGUGUACCGGCGUCCCGAAGCGCAGAACACCUUCCCGUGCCGCGCUUUCGUCUCCGUCGGACAGAAACCGAACAUGCUCGGUAAGACCCUCACGGACAUGCUUGCGCAAAUCAGCGGCAGGCACUGCCGAGGCGAGGACAUUAACCAACUCAUCGUGAGGGUCAGAGAAAUACUGGACAAGAAGAGGUACCUCAUUGUGGUUGAUGAUCUAUGGAGUAGCCAACAAUGGGGAACAAUAAGGUGUUGUUUUCCAGAGAACAAUCUUGGUAGUAGGAUACUCACCACAACAAGGAAUGAUGCAUUGCCAACGGAUUAUUAUUCGAGCAAAUUUGUACACAAGGUUGGCCUCCUUAGCGAUGCCGACGCCAAGGAAUUGUUUCUGAAGAAAGCUUUCGGUAAUGGGCACGGUUGUCCUCAACAUCUGGAGGAUGUUUUUGCCCAAGUCAUGAGAAGAUGCGGUGGCCUGCCACUUGCUGUAGUUAGCAGAGCUGGCAUGUUGGCUCACAAGCAAUCAAGGAAUGAAUGGGAGAGGCUUGAAUUGGACUCGCUAUGCAGUUCACAUCCAGAUGGAUCAGAUGGGGUGAAGCAAAUACUCAAUCUUAGCUACAACGAUCUAGCACCACAUCUCAGGACAUGUCUGUUGUAUCUAAGCAUAUUUCCUGAGAACUCUGAGGUUGACACGGAGCGCCUAGUGAGGCGAUGGAUUGCUGAAGGAUUCAUUGCUGAAGCGCGGGGUGGAAGCACAGAGGAAACAGCAAGAAGCUACCUCAUUGAGCUCAUCGGCAGAAACUUGGUACAACCAUUGGAUCUGAACCGUGAUGGUGUCCCAAGGCGUUGCAGAGUUCACCCAGUGAUACACGAUUUCAUUGUUUGCAAGUCCAUGGAAGAGAACUUUUCCACUCUGGUGGAUGCUCAGCACCAUAAUGCCCCAACCAGUAAUGGCACUGUCCGCCGGAUGUCUCUGCAGAACAGUAUCAAGCAAGAUAAAUCUGUGGCGAGAAAUGAACCUACAGACUUGUCUCAUGCUCGCUCAGUCACCGUCUUUGGUCAAGGCAGCGGUGCGCCUCGCUUGACUGAUCUGAAGGUGGUGCGUGUGCUGGACCUUGAAGACUGCAGCGGUCCAGUAUGCCUCGACGGCCUAUGCGAUCUGCUGCUGCUGAGGUACCUGAGCCUCAGAGGCACUGGUGUCAGUGAGCUCCCGGAACAAAUUGGCGAGCUAAGAUGCCUCGGGACACUAGAUGUGAGGUCCACACAGGUGAAAGAGCUGCCUCGCAGCAUUCUCAGGCUCGAAAAGCUGAUCCAUUUGCUCGCUGGGAGUGCCAAGCUGCCUGACGGGAUAGCUAAGAUGAAGGCCCUGCAGACAUUGUCAAGCGCUGGUACCACGAACAGCUCUGUGAAUGUCAACGAAGAGAUCAGUGAACUUGCUAGCUUGAGGGAACUGGAAUUGUUUUGUGAUUUAACUGAAAUGCUGGGUUCCGGAGUCACGUUUCCCCGUGCUGGGUUCCGGAGUCUUAUGAAGCUGUGCAUCAGGUGCAGCUCCCCGUCGGUGACCUUUGAGCCCGAUGCACUGCCAAUGGUCCAAGAGCUUGAACUGAGGUUUGAGAAAGGCCUCGCCGAUGAAUCAAGUGGUGUGUCCGGCAUUGAGCAUCUGUCUAGCCUGAAGCAUGUGCUCCUUGAGUUUUCGCAGCACGAUGCGGGCGCCAUGGCAACUGUCAGCGCAGUGAGGAACGCCACCAACACGGUCCACCCAAAUCGUCCAGAAGUCACUGUCAACGUGGAUGGGAAGAGUUACUAAUACGGCGUGGAGCAUUGUGCAAAUUUGCCUCCGAGCAAGAGAGGUGCAACACAGUUCAUCACAAGACAGUGGAAGGUGUCUGUUCAUUUCAUUUCUAAGCACUUCCUUAACAGGUGAUGCUUUCGUGGUUUCUUGAAUUGUUGUGUGUUUGAGCUUUGUGUAAGUGAUGUACAUUUUCGAUUUGCUUCUGUGUCAUCGUUUAUUCAUCAAAAGUGUGAUGUUUCUGC